ACUGUCUGGAUUAAUAAUUUCAAUCCUUUCGUUCAAAUGGAGAAAGGAGAAACCCGAGCAUGCCCAGAGAAACUUAAUGAUUUCACCUACCUACAGCUGUUACCUGGAUGACCUCCAACAAUUACUAAACAAUUCAGUUGUCGGAUAGUUUUAAAGUAGUGCGCUGUUUAUUUACGAGAAUGGUUAAAAAUAAUUGUCUAGCGUACGUGUUGCUAUUAACUUUGUUGUGUUAUUGUGAGUCUAGAAGAACUCAUGGAACCGGCGGCCGUCGAGGUGGGCACACGACCCCAAGGAGUAAUUCUCAUACCACACAUAAUUACCAACGAUCCACGGAGGGAAAUAUAGGAUUUGAACGUUAUCAACCUUCACAAAACACGAGACAGGAUAUCGGAUUUGAAAAUGUGCAAAACAGAGCGCCUCAAACUCACGGAGGUCAACCUCAGUAUCAAACGCAUUACAAUCCAGUAAGUAACAGCAACCCCUCUGCGCCUUUACCCCCAGCAAAUCACAAUUACCACCCUGCAAGUAACAGCAACCCUUCUGCGCCACUACCACCAACGAAUCAUAACACAAAUCCGCAACCUGGCCCAGGAAUUGGUUUCGAAAACGUUAACCAAAGGAUACCUCAACACCCCCACAAUCAGCAACCGAACAACCCUUACAACAACCACCAACCUCAUUACCCCGGGUCGUAUCAAGGAAACUACAACCCGGCGGGACAUUAUAAUCAACCCUACAACUCAUAUCAACCACCUCCAACAUAUUACAACCCCCAUUAUUCGUCACCGGGUGGCGUUUCGCCUCAGAUUUAUCAGCCGAUGCAGCAAUCGAGUGGAGGUUCGCUUUUAGGAUACGCCGGUACUUUUGCCGGUGGUGCCCUAAUCGGGCAUCUAUUAACCAGCAACCUAGGAGGCGGCGGGGGCGGCAGUAAUAAUAACGGCGAUCGUCAGUACAGCGUCCACCAUUAUUAUCACGACGCCAAUGCCAUACCGAAACAAAUGUCAGUAUCGACCAACUCGUUACUGAUGUGCAAUAAAAACGAGACUCAAGGACUUUGUGUACCGAACACGUUCGCUAUCUGUUUAUCAAACGGAACGAUAAUGUGUGUUACGCACUCAAUGUACACCACUCCAUGCGGUGGUGGCAACAACCUGACCUGCGUAAUUACCGUGUUACCUUGUGCAAGUAACGAUACAUCAUGUAAUGCAACUACUGGCGGAAAUUCCACUACGUCGGCCGUUUAUAUUCCUUGUAUUUCAAACGUGACGGUUUCCCAACAAAAUGUAGUUACGUCCGACGCCAAUUCAUCUUCUAAUCAAAACGUACAGUACUGCGUAACGGCGAUAGCAGAACCUAAGAAAUUAGAAUCAACAGUUACCGUUUACGCCAACUUCCUACAAGAAUUGGCAAAGGCGGUGUACCAAAUGACAAUCGCGGACAGUACAGAAUCUCCUGUAAUUACGUCCGAAGAUAAAAGUAACAAGACAGAAGUAACAACACUUAUGCCAACUGCUUUGAAUAACGAAAACAAAACUGAAAUUACGACACUACCUUAUAGAAUGUAAUCUGUUAGUCAUAAUGUAAUUGGUUAGAAUAAAUUAUGUUUUACAAUA